AUGAAGGACACCAUUAUCACAGCCAUGAGGGAAAUCGAACAUGACGUCAACGGAGCCAAGACGUGUAUCCAGUUUGUGGAGAGGACCUCACAGACUAAGUAUAUCAACAUCGUGGCCAGAGAGGGGUGCUGUUAUAGCCUUGGAGGCAAAGAAAAAAAUUUCGUAAAGAAGACGACCUCGGAAGCCACCACCCAAGGCAUCGCCUACGACUUUGACUCCAUCAUGCACUACGGACCCUACCUGCACGCCAAAGACACAUCCAAACUGACCCUAGCACCGAAACCGGGGAAAGCUGUUGGAGUGGAGAUGGGCCAGCGACUGUACCUGUCAGACGCUGACGUCACAAGAAUCCAGAAAUAUUAUGGGUGUCCAAUAGAUACCAGCCACAUUACCCGUGUGACACAGACAGGAUAUUGUAUUUUUCUCAGCCUAGAUUGGCCCCGACAGGCACAGUCGGAAGCCGCCUCCUAA